GGUCACAUCAUGCCUGGGCUGUAUAAAGGAGAUGGACCACAGCGCUCAGUAGACACCUCGGGUCCUCGACUGCUACCAAGCUGCCUUUCUGAGCAUAGGACUCAGAAGAGUCGCAAUGGGCGAGCGUUAUGAUUGCACAGAGUGUCAGGAGUCCCUGUACGGCCAUAAGUACAUCCUGAAGGAGGAAAAGCCCUACUGCAUCAAGUGCUAUGAGACACUAUUCUCCAACACUUGUGAAGUGUGCCAGAAGCUCAUCAGCUGCACAAGCAAGGAUCUGUCGUACAAGGAUCGCCACUGGCACAGCGACUGCUUCCUCUGCAACAAGUGCAGCCGGUCUCUGGUCGAUCGGCCCUUUGCCACCAAAAAUGAAGCGCUCAUGUGCAUCGAGUGCUACAGCAACGAGUACUCUGCCAAGUGCCACGCGUGUCUGAAGAACAUCAUGCCAGGCUCUAAAAAGAUGGAGCAUAAGGGCAACAGUUGGCAUGAGAGUUGCUUCACCUGCAACCGUUGCCAGCAGCCCAUUGGCACCAGGAGCUUUGUCCAGAAGGAUGCCAACAACUACUGUCUGCCCUGCUAUGAGAAGCAGUUUGCUCUGCAGUGCGUCCACUGCAAGAAGCCCAUCACCACUGGAGGUGUGAACUACCACGACCAGCCUUGGCAUAAGGAGUGCUUUGUUUGCAUCGGGUGCAAGCAGCAGCUGGCCGGCCAGAGGUUCACCUCUCGAGAUGAUUUUGCCUACUGCCUUGAUUGCUUUUGCAACCUGUUUGCUAAGAAAUGUGCUUACUGCACCACCCCAAUCAGCGGUCUUGGGGGGAGCAAAUACAUCUCUUUCGAGCAGCGCCAGUGGCACAACGAUUGCUUCAACUGCAAACGGUGCUGCGUGUCUCUGGUUGGUCGGGGUUUCCUGACGUGCAAAGACGACAUCCUGUGCCCCGACUGCGGCAAGGACAUCUGAGCGAAAUCCACCAGAAGACAACCCGAGCCGGAUUGGCUGCCUGUCGGCAUGCACAGCAGCAUUCACCUAACU